AUGGGUGUUCAAGAUGUUCUUUCUCGUAAAACUGGUGUCAUUGUAGGCGAUGAUGUCCGCCGUCUCUUUGACUACGCACAGGAGAAAGGCUUCGCUAUCCCCGCUAUCAACGUCACUUCGUCGUCCACUGUGGUUGCUGCUCUCGAGGCUGCUCGUGACAGCAAGGCUCCUAUUAUCCUCCAGGUUUCCCAGGGUGGUGCUGCCUUCUUCGCUGGUAAGGGUGUUGACAACAAAAACCAGGAGGCUUCCAUCGCUGGUGCCAUUGCCUUUGCUCACUAUGCUCGCAGCUUGGCUCCUAGCUACAACAUCCCCGUUGUUCUCCACAGUGACCACUGCGCCAAGAAACUGCUUCCUUGGCUCGACGGUAUGCUUGACGCCGACGAGGCCUACUACAAGAUCCAUGGCGAGCCUCUGUUCUCCUCCCACAUGAUUGACCUUUCUGAGGAGGACCACGCCGACAACAUUGCUGAGACCAAGCGCUACUUCCAGCGCGCCGCUAAGAUGAACCAGUGGCUCGAGAUGGAGAUUGGUAUCACCGGUGGUGAGGAGGAUGGUGUUGACAACACCGGUGUUGACUCUUCUCGUCUUUACACUCAGCCCGAGGAGGUGUUUGCUGUCUACGAGGCGUUGGCUCCCAUCUCUCCCAACUUCUCCAUUGCCGCCGCAUUCGGUAAUGUCCACGGUGUCUACAAGCCCGGCAAUGUCCGUCUCCACCCCGAGUUGCUUGGCAAGCACCAGGUUUACGCCAAGGAGCAGACCAAGAGCAGCAAGAAGCACCCUCUAUACUUGGUCUUCCAUGGUGGCUCCGGCUCUGAGCAGUCUGACUUCGAUACCGCUAUCAAGAACGGUGUUGUUAAGGUCAAUGUCGACACUGACUGCCAGUACGCAUACUUGACCGGUAUCCGUGACUACAUUCUCAACAAGAAGGACUACCUCAUGUCUUCUGUUGGUAACCCCGACGGCGAGGACAAGCCCAACAAGAAGUACUUCGACCCCCGUGUCUGGGUCCGUGAGGGUGAGAAGACCAUGUCUGCCAAGAUCACCACCAACCUCAAGAUUUUCCACAAUGUUAACACUUUGUAA